AUGUCAGCUAUAUUUCAGAACCAGCUUGACGACCCCAACUGUACGAAUCCUGGACGGGAAAACCCGGAUGGCGAUGUUCAAGUCGAAGUCAUCCUACAGCCCGGACAGAGAUACGGUUGGUGGGAGGAUCACGAGCCGGAAGAGAGUCAUGCAGUGGCGACAGUGCAUGGGGCGGUGAACGAUCUCCGAACGAGGAUACUCUUGGAUACUGGUGCAUCUGGAAGCAUGAUUAGCUUGGACCAUGCGCGUAGGCUCAAGCUGAAAUUCCGGACAUUGCCGGAGCCGAUCAGGGUGUCCGGAUUAGGAGGUGCUCCCACCAACAUUACGUCGUACACCCGGGUGAAGAUCACUCUGGGAUUCCGCGUGGUGUAUGUGAUGAGUGUCUGGUUGGCGAAUAUCGGCGAAGGAUUGGAAGUCCUUCUGGGGAUGAACUUCAUGUAUGCGGCUGGAGUGCGGUUGAGCGUGCAAGAAAUACUAGUACAGCUCCCGGACGAAGAAACUAUUGUGAUGUGUGAUGGUCCGCGCCGUGACAAAAUGGGCUUGGAUCUCCCGGUAACCCCGGAUGAGGGGAUCAAUCUCCGUCCGGGGGAACAUGCGAUCGUGAAGGUUAGGUACGGCCAGAGCAUCCCCCAACGGGAUGUUGUGUGGGCCGGCCGGGGUGAUCGUUGGGUCACCAAGAUGCUGUAUGCUACCAAGUCGUGGGCGUCUUCGGUGAAGGUGGUGAACAUCUCCAAGCAGAGAGUGUGGAUUGGCAACCGAACUCCUGUGGCCCGGAUCGUCGAGUUCGGGUACUUUCCCCGGUUUGGGAGAUUUGUCCGCCCGGGAAGCAAACGGUAUCAGGAGUGGCAACAGCUGAUCUACGAGAACACAGUGUCUCCGGAAGCAGAGGCGCCUGAGCAGGAGCAGAUCGAGCUCGAGUGGAGUCGGCAGCCCCCAGCUAUAGAAAGACCGCACCGGGAAUGGCCGACCAGGAUUCUCCUACGG